AAGCAGGCGGUGCUAUUGGUGCCGGCCAACAGCAGCAGCAGUAGGAGCAGUAGGGCCUCGCCUUUGUGGUCGUGGAAAAGAGAGAAGAUGGCUCCUGUUUUAGAGAAACAACUCUCGGGCGCAGCCGAGGCAGGGAACGACAACGCCGAAGACGAAGAAGGACAGAACCUCUGGUCCUCAAUAUUAAGUGAAGUAUCAACUAGAUCAAGUUCAAAGUUGCCAUCAGGAAAAAAUAUCCUGGUUUUUGGUGAGGAUGGAUCGGGGAAAACGACACUCAUGGCCAAACUUCAAGGAGCAGAACACAACAAGAAAGGGCGGGGACUGGAGUACCAGUACAUAAAUGUCCAUGAUGAGGACAGAGAUGACCUCACUCGCUGUAAUGUGUGGAUUCUGGAUGGAGACGUUUACCACAAAGGCCUACUCAAGUUUGCUGUUUCAGCUCAGUCACUACCUGACUGUCUAGCUCUAUUUGUUGCGGAUAUGUCACGACCCUGGACUAUAAUGGAGUCACUACAGAAGUGGGCCAGCGUGCUGCGUGACCAUGUGGACAAGCUUAAAAUCCCCCAUGAGAAGAUGAGAGAGAUGGAGCAGAAAAUUGUAAAAGACUUCCAGGAGUACAGUGCACCCGAAGAUGCAGCCACAUCCCCACAGAGACGAGCUCCAACUGGGGAAGAAGAGGCCGUUGUGCUUCCACUUGGUGACAACACACUAACCAACAAUCUGGGCAUUCCAGUGCUAAUAGUUUGCACAAAGUGUGAUGCAGUCAGCGUACUAGAGAAAGAACACGAUUACAGAGAGGAGCACUUUGAUUUCAUCCAGUCAAACCUGCGACGGUUCUGUUUAAACUAUGGAGCCGGUCUGAUCUAUACUUCAGUCAAAGAGGAGAAAAACAUGGAUCUGCUUUAUAAAUACAUAGUACAUAAGAUUUAUGACUUCCAGUUCACCGCGCCUGCUAUUGUGGUGGAGAAAGAUGCAGUUUUCAUCCCAUCUGGAUGGGAUAAUGAGAAGAAAAUCAGCUUUUUGCAUGAAAGCUUGACAACAGUCAGACCUGAAGAUCCUUUUGAAGAUUUUAUUACAAAGCCUCCUGUUCGAAAGCUGGUUCACGACAAAGAGAUCCAUGCAGAGGAUGAGCAGGUUUUCCUGAUGAAGCAGCAGUCUUUAUUGGCGAAGCAGCCGGCAACCCCAACAAGAGGAGCCACAGAGUCUCCUGGAAGACCGUCUUCAGUGUCGCCCAGACCCACCGUUCGUCCAGGGCAACCAACAGUGACCAGCAGCUCACCAAUGGCUGCUGUCAAAAAGCCUGACCCUAACAUGAAAGCAGGGGCUGCUAAUGAAGGAGUGCUGGCUAGCUUCUUCAACAGUCUGUUGAGUAAAAAGACCGGAUCCCCCGGAAGCCCAGGAAGUGGAGCAGUUGGAGCUGGAGUCCAAGGAUCGGCCAAGAAAACAGAAGCCGGGUUUGACUGACGUGCAGGCGGAGUUGGACAGGAUGACUCGCAAGCAAGACCCUGUGGUUUCAGCGAACAAUGUACCGCCACCGACAGAGAACGAAGCAUGAAGGCAACAGCAUAAAAAAAAAAAAACAAACUGCAUCAACCACUGUAUAACUACUCUGGAAAAAUUACAUGUACGUCUGAGUGUUAAACGAAAUUGACCAAAUUCAAAAACGCCUCCAUAUCAGUCAGCAGCACAAAGUGGCUUCGCCAAAAUACAGGUUUCAGAUGCUAUCAGAUAUUUUUGGGGUUGUGGUGAGAUGAGAAGAGAGGUGACAGAGAUUGAAGUAUUGAUUACGUAAGUGCUAAAGGCUUGGCUCUGUUUCUCUGCUGUCUUCUAAAUGUUAUUUUGUGGGGAAAAGUCAGAUGACAGAAUUGUGUGCACACUCCUUGGGCAUCCAACCCGACGUGCUGGUCUACUCCCACCCCCCAGUUCGUGGGGUGCGUUAUGUUCUUUUCAUGAAUUAAAUGAGCGGGAAAAACACUGGACCCGUCGGAUGUGGUUCAGACGAUUAGAUGGAAGGAAUUUGGUUGCGAUUGGAAAGUUAUUUAAACUGCGUAUAUGUUCAGUGAUAAAAGAAUUAAAAUAUUUGUUCUAGCGUGUACAAAAAAAUAUGGGAUAAAACUCUGGUGUAUUUAUACAAGAUUCCAUUUUAUUUUAUCCAUCAGUAUAAGGAAACAUGGAUUUACAUCACACGACGUGUAAAAAUGCCACUGAGGUCUUGACACUAAUAUGAAAGUACUACAAGCUGACAGCGUAUCACAUCAUUUCCCUUGUCAUCUUGAAGGAUUCUGUAAAUACGGAACACAAAAAAAUCUAUUCAGGUUAACUUUAAUUUUGUACAGAAUGCAUUUCUUUCUAAUUUUGGAGAAAAGAAAAACAAAACGCUUUUUGACUGGAUGUUGACAGGCUUAAAGGCUGCAGCAGGAUCUCUUCUUUAGCUACGGAAUAUGUGUAUUUGGAGAGGGCAGCAUCUUUCCUACUAUAACGCCUAAGUGCCUCGCAGUUAGCUGUUAGUGUCAUAGUAGAGGUGCUGGUCUGCAUUAGAAGAAAGGCACUGUAGCACGGUUCAAGGAUACGUUUUUGUCCAGUUUGUUGUCAUCCAAAUAAUUUAUUUCAUUUUGCUUUUUUUUGUUUUGUUUUGUUUGUUUGUGUACAACAAGCCUGUGGUCACUGUUAAUACUUACGGAAACUACAUUUCUGUGGCCUUGUCUGUAGAUUGAAUGCCUUGAGACAAACUGUAACGGCUGCUGAUGUUGUCGAGAAACCAGACGAUGGAACUCUGUGUUCCCCCCCCCCAACGACCAACACUUACUGUGGUUAAAUUGAACCUGUCGCUCCUGCAGCCAAAACACUUCAACUGACUGUGGUGUAGUCCGGUCAGUGUAGUGUUAUUUCAGUGUUUGACAGCACUGUGCUCCUCCAGUUUGAUAUGUUAUAUUCUCGCUUUACUUUGCAUGUCCAUUAAAACAGUUAAAACAU